AUGCCUUCCCACAAGAAAGAACUUAAGCGCGCCCGCACCGCUACGGCGCGCGCUGCCGCGCAUAAGAAUCGCGCCGAAGCGCGCGGGGGUGAUGGGGUAGUCGGCAGCACUCAGGAUCCCCCCGAGGACGACGACGACUACCUUCAUGUAGUUAAGGUGCGGGCCAAGACCCCCGAGCCUGUCCACAAGAAAGACUUCGAGUGCCUAAGGACCCCUUGCGUCCUGAUCCGCGAGGGCAGCGAGCUCCGUCGUCUAGCCGGAGAGUUCCUGGCCGCAAAGAGGGGCAAUGUGGCUUACAGCCGCCUCAGCCGAGCAACUAACGCCUUACGGAGCCGUGUUGCAUUCGAGGGCACCCUUGUCGCUGGGGACCCUCGGAUCAGUACGCAGAAGUGCGACGAGGUAGAUGCGGGAGGACCACCCUCACAGCAACCUUCGGGUUGGCCUGGUGACAUCGCGCCGAACCAAACUGUUGACGCGGCAUCGUUGGGUGGUUCCGCCUCCAGCAGGACCGUUGCUGUUGCGAACGAGAAUCAGAUAAACGCUCUUCGGGCCGCAAUCGACGGCCUCGUUGUCAGCUCGCUCCCUGAGGCGCAGCUGGCGGCGCACCGAAUCUUGAUGGAUCAGUACGUGGCGCUUCUGACGGGUAGAGAGCGCUGGUUUUAA